AUGAGAGGGAAAUUUUACAUCUCUCUCGUCCUCUUUCCCUUGAGUGCCUUCUGGUGCCUUCGAAUCUCUAGAUUCGAUGUACCAACAACGUUGGUUCCUGGAGAUUCAGCGUACCUGACUUGCCUCUACGACUUGGCUGGAGAAAAGUUGUACUCUGUAAAGUGGUUUAAAGACGAUCACGAGUUCUACCGUUUUUUCCCCUCUCUUUCGCCUCAAUUUAUGGCCUUCAAAGCCCCUGGACUACAGGUCGACCUCUCUCGCUCUGGGCGCAGCACAGUCUACCUCCGAAAUGUGACCCUGGACACGGAAGGUCGUUACACUUGCCAAGUCUCAGCAGACGAGCCUUUCUUCGGUUGCGUCCAGGUCCAUAAAGACAUUACUGUUUACGUUCCCCCUCAAUCAGGAAUUCCGGAAAUCGAAGGAAGUUUUACAGAGUAUGGGGACAACUUUACUGUCCGGUGCAACUCUGCAAAGUCUAAGCCUGCUGCUAAUCUAAGCUGGUACCUCAAUGAUCUUCAAACUCUUCCUGAAGGUAUUUCAUCAAUUCAUGAAGUGACAUUGCAUCCAGAUCGACUGGAGUCUUCUUCCGCGCGGCUCAACAUCCCACUGGCCCUUGAUUCUUUGCCCGAAGGUGUCAUGAGGUUGGCCUGUGAAGCCUCCAUUUCCAACGUAGUGACCUCCAUUUCCAAAGAACUUCUUGUCUCCAGGGAGCACAAUGAUCAACCACCCCCUCCCCCGCACCUUCCACAUAGAGAUCCUCAGGAAGAACAUCCGACAAUUUCAUCAUCCGUUGACCGCAAUUUGAUUUCUUACAGAACACUCUUACUAAUGCUGUGGAUUUCUUGGUUGCACUCGCGAGCAAAAAGGUGGGCGAACUGA